AUGACACGUGAAAACAAGAGCGUGCAACUCACACCAUCCAUGAUCCCCGACCUUUCCAACUAUAAUGUUAAAGAAUCAUCUUUCUUCACAAGAUGGGAACAAUUACCUUCCCCGGAAGAAGUGCGAGCACAAGCCAAAGCCCAGCAUCUCGCUGGAAUAAAUCCAGAUCGACGGAAAGACUAUUCCACCGACUCAUUUCAUACUAGACCACCGCCUGUCCUAUUUGAAGUAUUGAAUCUGCUUGUGAAGUGGGGAAUGUCUCUCAAAAUAUCCGAAGCUUACUGCCAAGUCCCCGUCCCCGAGGUAUAUGGAUGGCGCACAGAAGGAGAGGUGAUAUACAUCUACAUGAAGUAUAUAAAGGGAAAGACUUUGGAGCAAGCAUGGGAUACAGGCAUCUGUCAUGAGCUGAGAAUAAUCUGCGAUCGACUCCGUCAGCUCGAACAGGACCCGGAGGAUACAUUCGUCGGAAACAUCGCACAAAACCCCAUCUACGAUAGAACCUUCAGCAUCAACCACCUGCACGAAGCAGGCCCAUUCCCCACCGUCCGCCAAUUCCACGACUGGUUCACAUUCCUUCCCCGGCGACGGAUGUCAGAUCCAUACUCUGUACCUAUAGAACCAUAUCGCUAUGGUCUUCCAGACCACUGUGCCAUAAAAUUCACCCAUGGCGAUCUCCAUCGCAGUAACAUCAUCAUCACAUCCUCUCCUCCACACCAUGUACUAGCAAUCAUCGACUGGGAGCAAUCCGGCUGGCUGCCUGCAUACUGGGAAGUGCGCAAAGCGCAAAUGUCAGCUUGGAGCGGUGAAGAAUGGGCAUCUGUCUAUCUUCCCAUGUUUUUGGAUGGCUUUGACACUACGGUGGAUUCAUGGUGGUGGUAUAUAGCCGCUUUGGGACCUUGAGUAUUUGAU